AUGGCUGGACUUCCUGAACCUCAUGGUGGUGUAUUGAAGGACCUGAUCGCUAGGGAUCUUCCCAAGUACCAGGAGCUUCUCACCGAGAGUGAGACUCUGCCGUCAAUUGUCUUGACCGAGAGACAGCUAUGUGAUUUGGAGCUGAUCAUGAGCGGAGGAUUUUCUCCUUUGGAGGGUUUCAUGAACGAGGCGGACUACAACGGUGUAGUUGAGAAUGAGCGUAUCGCAGACGGUACCUUGUUCUCCAUGCCGAUCACCCUUGACGUCUCUAAGGAACAGAUCGACGAGGCUGCGAUCAAGCCAGGUUCUCGUGUUACACUUAGAGAUUUCCGUGAUGACCGCCAUUUAGCUAUCAUUACCGUUGAUGAUGUUUACAGGCCUGACAAAGCUAAGGAGGCCAAGAUGGUAUUUGGUGGUGACGAUGAGCACCCCGCAAUUGUCUACCUGUACAAGACCGCAAAGGAGUUUUACAUUGGCGGUAAAAUCCAAGCUAUCCAGAGGCUUAGCCACUACGACUAUGUCGGUUUGAGAUACACUCCCGCCGAGCUCCGUCUCCACUUUGAGAAGCUCGGAUGGUCCAAGAUUGUCGCUUUCCAGACCAGAAACCCUAUGCACCGCGCUCACCGUGAAUUGACUGUCCGCGCAGCCCGCACCCGCCAGGCUAACGUCCUCAUCCACCCUGUCGUUGGUCUUACCAAGCCCGGUGACAUCGACCACUUUACCCGUGUCCGUGUCUACCAGGCCCUCCUUCCUAGAUACCCCAACGGUAUGGCCGUUCUUGGUCUUCUCCCACUCGCUAUGCGUAUGGGUGGUCCCCGUGAAGCCAUCUGGCACGCCAUCAUCCGUAAGAACCACGGAGCAACCCACUUCAUUGUCGGUCGUGACCACGCUGGACCUGGGUCAAACAGCAAGGGCGUUGAGUUCUACGGACCUUAUGACGCUCAGCACGCCGUGGAGAAGUACAAGGAGGAAAUUGGGAUCGAGGUUGUUCCCUUCCAGAUGAUGACCUACCUCCCCGACACCGAUGAGUACGCCCCUGUCGACGAGAUCAAGCCUGGAACCAAGACUCUCAACAUCUCUGGAACCGAGCUCCGCCGCCGUCUCCGUACCGGCACUCAGAUUCCUGAGUGGUUCUCCGGCAAGGACGCCAUUGGUCGUGCCCUCCAGGUCACUCUCAACCAACAGGGAGGAAGGUCUACCACCCUUCUUCUCGGAGAGACCGUGCGUUCCGAGCUUUCUGCUGAGCUUGGGUUCUCGCGCGAGGAUCGCCACACAAACAUCCAGCGUAUCGCAUUCGUUGCCGCUGAGCUCACCCGCUCUGGUGCCGCUGUCAUUGCUGCUCCUAUUGCGCCAUUCGAGGCCUCGAGGGCUCAGGCCAAGGAGACUAUCAGCCAGUUCGGAUCAUUCUACCUCAUCCACGUCGCAACCCCGCUUGAGUACUGCGAGAAGACCGACAAGAGGGGCGUGUACAAGCGUGCCCGUGCCGGCGAGAUCAAGGGCUUCACUGGUGUCGAUGACCCAUAUGAAAACCCGGUCAAGCCCCACUUGGUUGUUGAUGCCAGCAAGCAGACUGUGAGGAAUAUUGUCCACCAGAUUGUGUUGUUGUUGGAGAGCGAGGGAUUGUUGGAUACUCUAUAA